UUAUAAUGUCAGCCAAUGAGAUAAGACGCAAAUUGCCCGGAUGUGUACAUUACAACAUUAAUGGCUGUUCAUCUCAACAGAUAUGACAUGUGCCUGAUGAUGAAAUCACACUGACAGAAGUUCAGUAGGUUUUGAAAGGGAAUAAUCAUGACACAAAAUCACAAGAUGGAUGACCUGACAAGGUUAGGGACAACAAACUGUGUCAAAGUCUUUGUCCAGAGGGAUUUCAGUGAUGGCACUUCCAUUAAAUUCCACACCAAGUUUCCUCCUGAAUUGGAUGGCAAGAUCGAAUCAGAACAGUUUGUGAGGACUGUGACCCAACUGAAUUCCAUGUUUUAUGAAGCUGAGAGCCUUGGAAGCAGAAACUACUGUGAAAGUUGCAUGGCCUGUUUAACAGCAUAUAUGUCAUACAUUUGCUUUGAUACACAUUAUGAAAAGAUGUUGAAAAAAAUAAAGAAAUUUGUAGAAGAACAAAACCAAACUAUUUACUCAUCAAGAGGAUUGUUACUGGUGGACCCAGUGGAAAGAGGGCUACGUGUUCUUGAAAUUUGUGUACUUAAUGAAAGCAAUGGAAGAGGAUGAAAAUCAAAGAUGAUGCAUCAUGAAGGGAAGACUUAUUUCGUUUCACCAGCAAAUUUAAAGUUAUUGAGAGGAAGGACAAUUGUGACAUAUAAAAAAGCACUGCGAUAGUAAUGAUUGAAGUCUAUGUCAAGUAGUUUCUUUUAUCACUAUUUUGUUUUAACUACUCGGUACAUUGUAGAAUUCUGGAUAUAAUCAGCUUAGGUUAGUACUAUAAAACAUCUGUGAAUCAGGGUUGUAUAAUUCCCUACAAUAACCUACAUUUCAGUAUCCAAUUUCACUAUGCGUUCUUGCUGUAAAGAGCUUGAAAUAUCUUGACAUUUGCAAGAGAGUCGGGAUUUGAUAAUUAAAACAUUUGAAGCUGUCUUUCUUUCCCAUAUCGUAAUGAUUCUAGUACAAGACACUUCUGAGAUGUACAUUAUUUGUAGAUAGAUUUUUAUUCAGCAGUUACGUUGAAAUACAUCGUAUAUGUAUAAAACACAAUAUCUCAAUAACAUAAAAACCUUUUUAAUAAAUUUAUAAGCAUGUAUUGUAUUUUGCAUGCCAUACAUGGUUGCACAUGUAUUUCUAUAAUCUAAUACAUUUUGGCACUGUUGACACUGACUACUGGUGCCAUAAUACAUUAUUUACACAAAGAAAAUUAUAAAAGGAUAUAAUGAUGUAUUACAGGUCUCUGCUUGUACAUAUAUGAAUAUUAUAGCCCUGCUCAUUGUACAGUUUACUUCACAGUACUGUACACUGCUUGUGCUGUACAUAUUAGACACUUGUACAAGAUUACCAAACACCACUGUAGACAAUAAUGGAAUCAUCAAGAUCAAUGUAUGGUUCAGUCUACAAAAGGCGCAUAGGGAUGAAAGGUUUAUUAUUUUUUGAAUAGAAAACAUGUCGUCAAAUCACUUCAUAAAUAUGUAGUUAAAAAGGUGAAAAUAUAUGAAACAAAUACAAAGUUUGAUGGUAGUUACCCGUUAAUCCAUGGAAACAUGUAAUGUUUCACAGGUAAUUAUCUAUUUAUAUCCAUGAAAACAAAUGUUGCAGGUACAUUAAUAUUGUAGUUGUCGAAUUGUUAUGUGAUAGACAAUAAUAAAAUUUGUGAUAUGAUGCUUAUUGUAUAACUUUCCUUUGUUAUAUGUACUUGUGCUAUAUAUAUAUAUUAUUACUUUGAGGCAUGUUAUUGCUACAACAUUGCAUGUACUUGGAUCAGCAUACAUUUCAACAUUGUUAUCAUUUGUGUAUCAGGAAAACUAUUCCGAAUUAUUCUGACGUUUUAUCGACUUUUUUCAUAAUGGUCUGUCGUCGAUUACCCGACGACAGA